AUGGAUCUCGGACACACCUUGGAGGACCUCGAAAAGCUCGGCGUGACGGGCAAGGUCAUCAACAAUGGCAAGCCAAGAUUCGACCUCUUCCACUUCGAGUGGUCCAUUUGCUCCUGGAAGGUCCGAGCAGUACUCUCGGCCAAGGGUGUCCCGUGGCGAUCUUGGACGUUGGACCCGGCCAAGCGGCACCACUACCACCCGGCGUACGUGCGUCUUCGUGCGCUGGGCCAUUUUGAAGGAGCCUUGGUGGGUGAGGUCUUCAACGGCUCGAGCGGAGCCACGAGCCAGGGUUUCGAUCCAUUGGCUGUACCCACCCUGGUCGACAGGGAGAAGAAGACCGUGGUCGUGGAUUCGAAGGCCAUUUGCCAGUACCUGGACCAAGAGCUGCCGCUGGUUCCUCUGACGUAUCCGGAGUGGGAGGUUCUCAUCAACAAGCACUUGGACCUAGUGGAUGAAACGCCGCACAUGGGCUUGAUCUAUGGCCUGCAUUUCGCUGAUGAUAUCAGGGACCCCGUGGUUCUGAAGUAUGCCCAGCUGAUGAAGGGGGCGCGCGGAGGGCAGUUGGCGGCCGUGGGCCAGCGGCUCGGCGGGGAGCUGCCGCCGCAGCUGCGCGGUUUCUACGAGGCCAAGCGCCGCAAGAUCCGCAUGGCCAGUGAGACGCUGAGCAGAGCGGCGGUUCUUGAGAUGCAUCAGAAGGUCCAAGAGAUCCUGGGAAUCUUGGAGCAGGAUUUGAGAGCCAUAGGCAACUUGGGGGACUUCUUCUGUGGGACUUUGAGUCUGGUGGACGUCUUCUGGCACAGCUCGCUGCUCAGACUCUUUGAGCUGGGCUUCGAUGGAUGGUUCUCGAAGGACAGGCUGCCACGUGUGCAUGCGCAGCUUUGGCAGCAGCGGGGAGGUCGCUCGGAACUGUAUGCCAUGAGAAUCCUGCGCGAUCCAGUUCUGGCCAGAGCCACCUACCUGUGGCCCUACAAGCCGGUCACCGGCAAUGUGAGGAAGCUGAUGUCCGAGACUGUGCCGCUGAAGGCGGCCUUCCUGAACUCGUGCUCCAAGAUCACGCUCUCGCUGGUGCCGCUCAACCAGAAGCGAUUGCAGAUGGCCAUGAGGCACCAAGUGCCCAUCCGCUUCCGGCAGUUCCAAAGUACCACCAGCGCCUUGAAAUUUGGGGGGCGAUGGGGCACCAUGCUGUUGGACAGCGAGAGGGGGAAGCAGGUGAGACCCAUCAACCCAUCUAGGAUGUUGGACAUGUCCAGUACCCUGAACAAGCCUUUGCAGGGGCCGCAGCAACAAGGCAUGCGGGAGGAGAUGAAGAACCUACAAAACUCCAUGGAGCAGUACUUCAACCGACAGGAACUGCUGCUGCAGGACUUGAGCGCGCAAAUUCGGAGCUCCGUGGACCGAAGCAAGGAGAACCGUUUCUUCCAGCCGCGGCCCACCUGCCGCACCAAGAACUUCGUCUCCUCAAGUGCUCUCAACAUCAACCGCGUCGAGACGGAGCGAGCCUCUCGAACCCAGGUGGCAAAGACCGCGGCACUGUCACCGAUGAAGAAGUCAGGUAGCCAGCUGGAGAAAGUGGUCAGCGAGCCCAUGGAGAACAAGAGGCGCAGUGCUCGCAUGAGCUUCGCGCGGACCUUCUUCACGGAACACAUGAUGAGGGCCAAUGCAGCAGCAGCCCAAGAGUUCUUCAACAGCCCGAUGACCACGGCGGAAUUGGGAGAGCCGUCCUUUUGCGGCCGAGUGCGUCGCUGCUCGCGGGCGAUCGUGUCUGCGCCAAUCACGGCGCACCUGGUCAUGUUUUUGAUCCUCUUGAAUUUGGUCAUGCUCGGCGUGGAGGUGGAUGUAGCAGCAUCGCUGGGCGUAGACGAUGUACCCGGCUAUUUCGAGGUGAUGAACGUCAUUAUCGUGGUCGUGUUCGUCGCGGAGCUCAUGCUGAACUUCAUCGGGUUCGGCUUCCAACGAUUCUUCUGCGGCCCAGACUGCUGGUGGAACUGUUUCGAUUUCGCCAUCAUCGGGCUGUCCGUCUGCGAAACCGUGGUGCAGCUCUGGGCUCCAGGCCUGGUGGACGAGAUGCGGUACAUGCGGUUCCUGCGCCUGGCCCGGGCGCUGCGGGGCAUGCGCGUGGUGAAGCUCCUGAGAUACGUCAGUGCGCUGCGCACGCUGAUCUUCUCCAUCAUCAGCACCACGGGCUCUCUGAUGUGGACGCUGGUCCUGCUGAUCCUGCUCUUCUACAGCUUUGGAGUGAUCCUCACCCAGAUCGUCACGGACCACUGCCGCCAGGUCACCAUCUUGCAAACCGGGGACAAGAACGCGGUGCCCACGUGCCCGGCGGAGCUGGAGAGGUUCUGGUCCUCCAUCUCCGAGAGCAUGCUGACUCUCUACAUGGCUAUCUCUGGCGGUGUCAGCUGGAUUGAGCCAUUGCAGCCCUUGAGAGAGGUCUCCGAGCUCGCAGUGUUCUGCCUGCUCCUGUACGUGGUUCUGACCGUCUUCGCGGUGCUAAAUGUGGUGACUGGCGUUUUCUGCCACACGGCUAUCGAGUCUGCCACCGCCGACAAGGAGAUCGUGGUCAUGAGCCAAAUGCAGAAGCAAGCAGCACAGGUGAGUGCCUUGCGGGAGAUGUUCAAGGAAAUGGACAAGGACGGCUCCGGCGUAGUGAGUGUGGAGGAGCUGAAAGGCGCCUUGGGCUCGGAGAAGGUGUCGAGCUUCUUGGAGUCCAUGGACAUUGCCACCACGGAUGUGUGGACGCUCUUCAUGAUCAUUGAUCAAGAUCAGAAUGGGCUCAUCGACAUCGAUGAGUUUGUGAACGGCUGCAUGCAGCUGCACGGUCCAGCGAAGAGCAUCCAGCUGGCACGCAUGAGCCACGAGAACAAGGUGACGCGCCAAAGCAUCAAAAAGCUAAUCAACGAGAUCAUCGAGCUGCGCUCGGAGGUGCAGAAUCUCACGGAGGAAGACGGGUCCGACGGGUCCGACGCGUCCCAAGAGGAAGAGGAGAGCUGA